GCUCGCCGAAAUCACUGGAGCCUGAAGCCGCCAACGAGCGAUUUGGAAUCUGUAUAUUAUGAGGAAAACCGGUUCGUAAAGAACACGUUGAUCGAGAAGAUCGAGGAAGAAAUCCGCGCUUGUCAAAAAAUCGCGCAACAGGCAAAGCGUUUGCGUAGUGGAAACGAGCCUGAAUCGACCUGGAUGCUAUUUUUGCGGUCCAACUUUUUCAAAACGUUUGACGACAUACAUGAUACUUCAAACUCCGAUGUACACCCACUUCAGCGAUGGGAAUUCAAGAUCUUUAUUGGAACGAGUCCAAGAGAUAUGGUGAUGCAAUACCACAUGACGGCCCCCCAUUAACAGGUCCGAAGCCCGACCUCACCUACGCGUUCCCUAUUCUGGAUACCACCAAGAUAACUGCGCCGUAUGUAUCUGAUCCAAAAGUCAACGAUUUCUCCCUUGAAGUGCUCGGUGAACUGCGGACGAACAAAAAGGUCGAGCUACGUUCCGCGCCUACGACAAAACUUCAUAGCUCGCAAACAAAGAAAAAUCUGCAACUGGGUAAUGCAGACUUACUUUGUUUUCCUUGGGCCAUCGUCGAGGCUAAGAAGAAUGAGCCAAACAUGAAGGAUCAUCGGGCAGCUGGGGAGUUCUGCUAUUGUCAAGCCGCAAACGCGUCUGCCGCAGCGCUUAAGCUGCGUGAAGAUCUGAUGGAGCUUGCCAAAGAUUGUCCGAAUACUCAUGAUGGUCUUGCUAUAUUCGCUUUCACUUGCGUUGGUCCCACUGUUAAACUUUGGGUCACUCACAAGAUCAAAAGCAAGGCGGAGACAAUAACCCUGAUGCGAUGCAUAUGGGCGACAUCUCUGGAACUGACAUGGGGCGCAAUGGCACUGCGCAUGGUGAUAGAGAACAUGCAAGAGUGGGUGUACCACCGUGUCACGCCGGAGAUCUGGAGAUGGAUCCGCAUGGUUCGGGCUGCUCACCCCCCACAGCCUUGUAUCCCGCCGGGCGCUGUUUUACCUUCCCAAACGAGGAGAGCUGCCUCUUGUGAACCAACAAGAGAAAGAAAGCAUGCCACAUCCCCAAGUCCCAAAACGCACGCAGUUGAAACUCGAAGGAAAAGCUCUCCUGGAUCAUCUCAUCGACAGGGGCACAUACAUUCCUUACCUAUUCGUACACGCAAAGAUAGCUUUGGAAAGAACCAUUCUAACAAGGAAGAAAAGCGAGAUAGUGAAGGACGCGAAGAUGAACGUGAAGAAGAAGGAGACAGUAGUGAUGCUACAUAUGAACCUUCAUCCACAGGGGAAGAUGACAUCACUGAGGAGGACGAGGAGGAUUUCACGGAUUCCACGGUGGAAAGUGACAACAGUGAGGAGGAGGAGGAGGGAUACACAGCGGAAUCUGAAUACAGUGAGGACGAAGCAGAAAAAAGAGAAGACACCCAGGGACAACGUUCCUCAUCUCAUCAGCAAAGACCCGACAAAGCGGGGUCACUCGGAAAGAAUGGUCGAGCAAAGGAGUAUAGGUCGGACGAGGACCACACUGAGGGACGGUACAGACCCAAGAGCGAUAAGUCAAAGGGAAAGGACACACCUUCACCAAACCGCCGACGUCGCAGCUCACAUGGUUCUCCCUCCCCUUCCGGAUGGAAAAGUAAGUUCCCUGAAUGGAAAGCCUAUCCAAGGAGUUUGCAAGUUCUUCUCGCUGAUUUCUGGGAGAAAAAUGAGUCGAAUUGUGAAGUGGCUUUGGACAUUCUCAAGCGUUUCUUCUCAUUCUCAUGGAGACAUGACGAUGAUUUUCUACUGGCUCUGAGCCAGCUACACGAUCUAUCACUCGUCAAUAAGUCUCGUUUUGAAGAGCUAGUCAAACUUUCAUCACGAGUCGAUCAAUUUGAAUUUCAGGAGGAGUUGGAGAGAGUUCUAGAGCUGGCAGUAUGGGAGCAGGAAUGGGAUCCGGAUGCAAGCAUACCAAUCGUCCUCUAAUGAAUAGUUAAACCACAUCUGACUCCUACCUCCAUUAUUU